GAAAACCCGUACCUGUGCAGCGAUGAGUGCGACGCCUCCAGUCCUGAUUUGUCUCACCCUCCUCAGCUGAUGGGCGACAGGGAGAGGGGCGGGCUCAUCACCUAUUGGCAGACGGUCACAUGGUCCCGGUAUCCUGAGCCCCUAUUGGCCAACAUCACGCUGUCCUGGAACAAGAGUCUGGAGGUGGUCGAUGACAUCGUCGUCACCUUCGAGUAUGGCCGACCGACCAGCAUGGUUCUGGAGAAGUCUCUGGACAAAGGUGCGACGUGGCAGCCGUAUCAAUACUAUGCUGACGACUGUCUGGAGGUGUUCGGCAUGUCCCCUAAACGGGUCUCUGAUUUAGCACCAAGUAACUUAACCCGGGUUAUCUGUACGGAGCAGUACUCCCGCUGGGUUGGCGCCAAGGAAGAGAGGGCCGUGGUGUUCGAGGUGCGUGCUCGGUUCGGGGUGUUUGCAGGUCCAAAGUUGAUCAACAUGGAUGCCCUGUACACUCGGAUGGAGACCAUGAAGGGCCUGAGAGACUUCUUUACCUUCACUAACCUCCGGCUGAGACUCCUCCGCCCGGCGCUGGGAGGGACCUAUGUCCAGAGGGACAACCUGCUGAAAUACUUCUACGCUAUUUCUAACAUCGAUGUACCUGCCAGGUGUAAGUGUAACCUGCAUGCGUCUCAGUGUGUGUUACGUGAUGCGACGCUGCAGUGUGACUGUGAGCACAACACGAGUGGACAGGACUGUGAGAGCUGCAGUCAGGGGUUCAAUUCCCCCAGCUGGAGACCAGGAUCAUACCUGCCAUUGCCCAGAGGCACCGCCAACACCUGUGAAGCAGCAGAACCAGCAGCCGCGGCUGGUGACUCUAACUCAGCAGCAUCUGAUAGACCCUCUGCCUCAUCAGAUGGAGUGACUGACACUACUACUACUACUACUACUACUACUACUACGACUGUUACUACUGGCACCACUACAACUGACAGAACUACUAUGACUACUACUGCUACUACUGACAGAACUAGGACUGACACUGCUCUAACUGAUGCGAGUACUUUUACUGUCACAGACACACCCAGGACUUCUACCAUCACCGACACAUGGAGAACUACUACAGAAGAAAUAAGUGAUACUGGGGACUUUCCUAAAGCUGGUGUAGACUCUACCACCACAGUUUUUACGACUAUCAGUAGUCCUGUUAGUACUGCAGGCUCUGAUGCGUUUCAAGACUUUAGCAGUAUGACAGAACCUCCAGCGGACACAGGUCCAUCCAGCAGUACAGCUCUGGAGUAUGAAGACAGUGUUUACAAACCAGACACCACCACUCCCAGUACCACUGUUAGCACCUCCAGUCCCACCAGUUACACCAGAACCAACAGUCCCACUAUCCAAGGCCGCAGUACUGACUCUGAGGUGUCUAUUUCUGACCCAGUGACUCCGCCCUUUGACCCCAUCUCCUCACCAGACAUCACAGACUCCACCCAAUCUGGGACUGGUACUACUGACCUGAUCACAAGUACUACCCCGCCUACUGAUGGGACUACAACAUCAACCGGAGCACCAACAGCAGCAAUCAUCCCAGAAAUAACCCCAACCAGGGACGGGCCUUCAUCUGGAGACAAUACCCCCAGUCAAACUGGAGAUACUCCACCAAGUCAGACUGGAGACACUCCACCCAGUCAGACUGGAGACACUCCAGUCAGUCCGACUGGAAACACUCCAGUCAGUCCGACUGGAGACACCCCACCCAGUCUGACUGGAGACACUCCACCCAGUCAGACUGGAGACACCCCACCCAGUCAGACUGGAGAUAUUCCACCCAGUCAGACUGGAGACACUCCACCAAGUCAGACUGGAGAUAUUCUACCCAGUGAGACUGGAGAUAUUCUACCAAGUCAGACUGGAGACACUUCACCCAGUCAGACUGGAGACACUCCACCCAAUCAGACUGGAGACACUCCAUCCAGUCAGACUGGAGAUACUCCACCCAGUCCGACUGGAAAUACUCCACCCAAUCAGACUGGAGACACUCCACCCACAGCAGGAACUGAUACAACUUCUCCUAAUGUUCCUCCAGACACUCAAAUCAAUGUACCUCGUCCUGAUCAACCUCCACCAGAUGGAGCCUUUCCCGAUAUACCACCACCUGAUGUGGCUCCUGAUGUACCUCUGGAAGUACCACCUCCUGAUAAACCUCCACCCAAUGAAGCUCCUCCUAAUGUUCCUGCUCCAGACUUACCUUCCUCUGAGGUACUUCCUCCGGAUAUGCCUCUUCCAGAUGUACCUCCUCCAGACGCACCUCUUGGAAUUCCUCCUCCAGAUCCUGCUGAGGCCUUGUUGCCUCCCUCUGAAGGAGGAAGUGAUGCUUCACCAGACACAAGCUCUACCAUCUCAGCUCCCUCUGACCCUGCUGGGGAUUUGGCCCCUGUGGACUUCACCUUCCCUUUUCCAGAUGACCGUAAUUCAGCUGACACUGGACCAGGUCCUGGACCAGUGCCUGCUGGUGAUCCUGGGAAAAUUCCAGAGGAUUCUGGUGGAUCAGUAGAUGUUCCUGAAUCAAAUACAAUCGAUUCUGGACUGGAUUCUAUCUCAGCAGGUAUAGAUACAGAGGAAACAGGAAAUGGUGGAAUAGAAUCAACUGGACCCGAUUCCCCUGCACCAGAUAGUAAUGGUCCUGGUCUAGAGUCUGGACCAGAUUCCCCUGCACCAGAUAGUAAAGGUCCUGGUCUAGAGUCUGGACCAGAUUCCCCUCCACCAGAUAGUAAAGGUCCUGGUCUAGAGUCCGGACCAGAUUCUCCUCGAGUAGUAGAUGACCCGGGAGCAGGUUCCUCGGCAGUUCAGGUGGAAGUGAAGUCUUCAGGGGAAGAUUCGGAUGCUGGUGGACCAACAGGAGGCUCUGAGUCAGAGGAGAAGAAAGACCCUAAACCAGAGAAAACACCAGAGCAGAAAGAGGAGAAAGGUACAAACUGUGGCCCUGAUUGGUCAGAUUAG